AUGUCAAAACAACAAAGCCCAGGGGCAGAGCACAGUUCAAAAGCAAGCCCACCGCCUGGUAAUGGCGGUAGCCAAGGCCAAGUUUGCAGUAAUUGCGGAACCACUCGAACACCUCUGUGGAGAAGGUCACCCCAAGGUGCCACAAUCUGCAAUGCUUGUGGCCUUUAUCUGAAGGCCAGGAAUGCUUCUCGCCCAACCAGCCUCAAACGACCACCGAAUGUCGUGCCCGCGGAACCCCCUCGAACUGCUGCACCCAAGCCCUCGACAACCGCAGCCUCAAAACCUGCAUCGAACGCGACCUACGUAUCCGCCGACCAAACUCCUGGAGGAACAUGUCCUGGUGGGGGUCGUUGUAACGGGACAGGAGGUGCAGAGGGCUGUAACGGGUGCCCGGCUUACAACAACCGUGUCUCCAAGAGUGCUAAUCUUGGCGGAACCCAGAAGCGACAGAGUUGUCAAAGUCGAAGUGAAAGCACGAAGCCUGAGCCCGUUCCUCUUGAUGUAAAUGCUCUGCAAAGUCAACAGAAUUCAAAUGCCACAGUUGUGAUUGCGUGCCAAAAUUGUGGUACCACCAUUACACCACUUUGGAGGCGUGAUGAGAGUGGCCACACUAUCUGUAACGCUUGUGGUCUCUACUAUAAGCUGCAUGGUGUGCACCGACCGAUGACGAUGAAGAAGUCAACCAUUAAGAGACGAAAACGAAUCAUUCCCGCUUCCCAGGACGAGGAGAUGGAGGAUGCAAUGGAGGCAACCGAAUCCCAGAGCUUGUAUCCUGCCGAUGCAGAAAGAGGAUCAAUGAAUGAGGACGGAUCUGUUAACCUGGGCCUUCGCCGUCGACCCGAGCACCCGCUCACGAUCGAGCCAUUGCCGUCAAUACGACCCGGCAGGACAAUAUCACCGAUGCCACCAACGUCCGAUCUUGCUGCGUAUCACCAGUCGAACAACCCUCGCCAUUACUCAGGAUCCAUAAACGAUGAUAAUCGACUGGCUCCUAUGGCAUCGAUGACAACAAACAGUGAUAGGAAGACAUCUCUGUCUCCUGCUUCAUUCCUCUCGCCAACACGGAAGCGAUCAUUCUCCACUACAGAAGGUGAAGCAUUUGCAUCUCAAGAAGCUAAUCAAGAGAGCUCGAAACGAAUUUCUUCGAUAAAUCUGAAAUCGAUCCUCAACCCCUCAACGUCGGCCGGUACCCCUCCUAAGGUUGGAACAGGAAGCGAUGAUGGGGAUUAUUCGUUGCCACCUAUUCGAUCACCUGGCAGCACUAUUGCGUCGGCUCCGAGUCCCAGCGCUUUCUCCAAUCGUGACAACACUCCGGGGGUUGGGUCGCGUGAUAUCGAAUCUGAGAGGAUCAAGGCUGAGCGUCGAGCUGCCCUACAGCGCGAAGCUGACAAGAUGCGCGAAAUGCUUGCCGCCAAAGAACGGGAACUACAAGAACUCGGUCAUGAUUGA